AUGGCAACAUAUGAAUUCCUUCCUGAUGCCUUCGAUAUACCUAUCGAUGUCCUCAGUCCCCUAGAUCCUACACGAGCACUCUCCAUCCAACUGCCGGCUCCUCUCAAAACCCACCACCCGUCGCACAUUCAAGACUUAACACCCCACCUUUCCACCCUCUUCUCCAGGAAUCUGGGAAUCACCAACGAGCAUCUCCUCUCAGCCCACAAAGCAAGCAUCAUCUUCCCCAAACCGGUAGUCCGCUACACCCUCGAGAAACAAAAUUUACUAGGGACCCACCUCGCUAUUCUAGAUGGUGUGGGAAAUGAGAUCGCUACUUGGAAAAGCCCUAUCUUAAGCUUGGGAAUUGGAAGUAGCAAGACGGAAAUCAAGUUUCCUGGACAGAGUCAAAUGCUCGAGGUUAAGAAGGUGAUUGAAACGAAAGAGAACGAGAAGUUGGGAUACAAUCGUGAUCAUGGACUUCAUCACCGCCAUCGGUAUGCUGAACGGUUUGUCAAGGAUGGUACAACAUAUUUUUGGGAGGCAGAACCUGAAUCGUGUCAUCAGUUGGCGUUGAUGGAGGUUUUUGCAGAUAACAGGGACGGUAUUAUGAAAAAGGAAGUUGCUAGGUACGCCCAGAAAAGCGCACACGAGAGAGAAGGUUUGCUGGUUUUGAAUGGGACAGAGGUUGAUGAACUGAUAGUGGUUUUGACUUUGUGCGCUCUGCUCGAUGGAAAGGAUAGCUUCCUGAAUUAG